ACUCCGAAGAAAGCCUGCAUUUCCAUGGCCGGCACGUGAACCCCCUCUCUCUCCCUCUCGCUCUCCAUAACCUGAAACCUUCUUGGACCUCUCUUACCUCUACUUCUCCGUCAAUGUCUUCCACCGCCGGUCACCGCCGCUCCUCCCAACGAGCCUCCGCCACCGCGUCACGAAACUCGCCGGCGGCCGUUGCGAAACCUGGCGGAAGACCUACCACUCCGUCUUCCUCCUCCACGCCGCCAAGGCCGUCGUCGAGAGCUUCCGUAUCUCCUGUGGUGGUUGCAGCUGCUGCCGCGGCGAAGGAGAAUGUAACCGUCACCGUCCGAUUCCGACCCCUCAAUGGCAGAGAAGUGAGUAAAGGGGACGAGGUAGCGUGGUAUGCGGAUGGUGAUCGUGCAGUGAGAAAUGAAUACAAUCCUGAACUUGCUUAUGGUUUUGAUAGGGUAUUUGGGCCUGCAACAACAACUCGGCAUGUUUAUGAUGUGGCUGCUCAGCAUAUUGUAAGUGGUGCCAUGGAAGGGAUUAAUGGUACCGUUUUUGCAUAUGGUGUUACGAGUAGUGGAAAGACUCAUACCAUGCAUGGGGAGCAAAAGUCACCUGGAAUAAUCCCUCUUUCAAUAAAGGAUGUGUUUAGUAUUAUACAGGAGACUCCUGGACGGGAAUUCCUACUCCGUGUCUCAUAUCUUGAGAUUUACAAUGAGGUCAUUAACGACUUGCUGGAUCCACUUGGGCAGAACCUAAGAAUACGAGAGGAUGCUCAGGGGACUUAUGUUGAAGGAAUCAAGGAGGAAGUUGUUCUAUCCCCUGCUCAUGGCCUUUCUUUGAUCGCUACAGGAGAAGAGCAUAGACAUGUGGGUUCAAAUAAUUUCAAUCUAGUUAGCAGUCGAAGCCACACUAUAUUCACCUUGACUAUCGAAAGCAGUCCGCGAGGGGAAAAUAUUGGGGAAGAGGAUGUGACAUUGUCCCAACUGCACUUAAUUGAUCUUGCGGGGUCUGAAAGUUCAAAAACUGAGACAACUGGUUUGCGGAGGAAAGAGGGUUCCUAUAUUAAUAAAAGUUUGCUUACUCUUGGAACGGUGAUCGCUAAAUUAACAGAUGGGAAGGCAACUCAUGUUCCUUAUCGAGAUUCAAAGCUCACCCGUUUGUUGCAAUCAUCCCUUAGUGGCCAUGGAAGAAUUUCUCUCAUUUGCACAGUUACUCCUGCCUCUAGCAGUGGUGAAGAGACACACAACACAUUAAAAUUUGCACACCGGAGUAAGCAUGUUGAAAUCAAGGCCUCUCAGAAUAAGAUUGUAGAUGAUAAGUCUCUGAUCAAAAGGUAUCAGAGGGAAAUUUCUGAGUUAAAGCAGGAGCUUCAGCAGUUGAAGCGUGGCAUGAUUGAGAAUCCCCAUAUGGUCGCGUCUUCACAAGAAGAUCUGGUGACUCUGAAGAUCCAGUUGGAAGCUGGCCAAUCCAAAUUAAAGUCAAGAUUGGAAGAGGAGGAACAAGCUAAAGCAGCUUUAAUGGGAAGAAUUCAGCGAUUAACCAAAUUAAUCUUAGUUUCUACAAAGAAUACAAUGUCAUCAAGCACUCCUGAAAGGCCUAGCUAUAGGCGAAGGCAUUCUUUUGGGGAAGACGAGCUAGCAUAUUUGCCUGAUAGAAAACGUGGUACCUUGAUUGAGGAUGACGUUGGGAGCCAUCCUUCAGCUCCUUCAGGGGAAGAAAAGGAUGAUGUUACCAAUUUAGAUGAACUGGUUAAGGAAUAUAAAAGGAACAAAAGACGUGGAAUGCUUGGUUGGUUGAAGCUGAGAAAACCUGAUAAUCUCGAUGGAUUAUCGCCUAAUGUUGAUAGUGAGGGCUCUACAAAUGGGUCACCUUCAUCAUUAACACCAAAUAGAGUUAUGCUUCAUGAUAUGAAAGAUUCACGCAGGAAUUCAGUCAGUAGAAAGGAUAAUGCUUCAGCUCUCAAUUCUUUUCCAGGAAGAACCCAAGCAGGUGACUUGUUCAGUGUAACUGUUGGAGGUCGUCAACUUCCUCCGUCAGGGACUACUAUUACAGAUCAAAUGGAUCUUCUUCGUGAACAAGUAAAGAUGUUGGCUGGGGAGGUGGCAUUCUGUAUUAGUUCUCUGAAGAGACUAUCUGAACAAGCAGCUAACAACCCUGAAGAUAUCCAAGUACAAGAGGGCAUGCAUAAGUUGAAGGAUGAAAUUUACCAAAAAAAGAAACAAAUCCAUAUUUUGGAGCAACGGAUGAUUGGAUCACUAGGACAUGCACCAAGUAACAGUGAAAUAUCCCUGACCCUGUCCAAGCUUACCACUGAGCUCAAUGAAAAAAUUUGUGAACUUGAGAUCAAGUCAGCCGACAAUAGGAUACUUCAAGAGCAACUGCAGUUGAAGAAUUCAGAGAAUGUGGAGAUGCAAGAAACAAUUCUUUCACUAAGGAAACAGAUAAAUUUGUUGCUUGAUGAAACCUCAACCAAUUCUCAACAGUUUUAUGAUAGGGAGAUUGACUAUUUUAAAGAGAGAAAGAGUGAUGAAACACAUAUGGUAAAAAACAUGAAUGCAGUAGUUUCUCCAGCACACUUCAACCAAGGAAGUAGUGAUUCAAUAAAAAAUUCCCAAAUUCUUAUGCAGGCAGCUGAAAUAGAGAAUUUAAGGCAAGAAAAUGUGAGAUUGGUUGAAGAGAAAGAUGGGCUUGAAAUUCAAACCCAGAAGCUUGCAGAGGAAGCUUCAUAUGCAAAAGAGUUGGCAUCAGCUGCUGCAUUUGAAUUACGAAACCUGGCUGAAGAAGUAACUAAACUUACUUAUGAAAAUGCAGAACUCACUGGGGAUUUGGAAGACGCAAAAGAGGCCCGUUGCAAAUCUAACUUUUGUCAUAUAUCUUCAUAUGAUUCCAAGCAAAGUAGCAAUAAUAGUUUUCAACGAGAUGGGCAACCGGAAAAGUUUGGAACUGAAGUUCUUACUGAGGAGUUGAAGAAGAACCUUAGUGCUAGAUUCCAAAGAGAAGCUGCAUUAGAAGCAGCUCUAUCACUCAAAGAUGAAAUAGAAGCUGACCUAAGAAUAGCACUUGAUGAAAUAAAACAUCAGAAACAUGAUUUGGAAGAUGAACUCAGAAGCAUGCAUGUGCUGGUAGCAAAAAUGAGAAAGUCUGGCACUAAUAUUGAGGAUAAGUCCAUUGUUCAUAUGCCUAAUGAUAUACAAACUAAGGCUAAAAAUAGACUUCCCCCAUCUAAUGGUUACUCUUUUAGAAAACAAUACAAAGAGGAUGAAACUUCAGGGAGCAUGGAAGAUAUGAUUGCAUUGGAAGAACUGAAGGCUGGUUUUCAAAGAGAAAGAAGAAGAUGCAAAGAGCUAGAAAGGCUAAUUUCUAGAAUGAAGGGUGAAGACAUUGCUGGGAUGGAUGUUAUGGCCCUUGAAGAGCUUCAAAACCUUCAUAUUGAGGCAAUAACAAAUAUUUGCCAAGCAAAGUAUGCAAAUCAAGGCUUCUAGCAUCUUGCCAUUGGCUCCUGUAUUAUAGUUUUGAAGGUGGUUCCAAAUCAAUCAACAGAAACAUGGCACUCCGGGAAUAAUGUUCCUAAUUUCAAUAAGUUGGGAUCUUUUAAAUCGUAU